GAUAUCCUCGGCUCGCAGCUGUAACGAGCUGUAACAUAUUUUGAAAGGGAAUCUAACACCCCAGUAAUUCCGCAAGGAGAAGGACUCAUGAACGAUCAUUCGCCAAUAUCGCGGUCCUUUUCGGUCGCCCCAUCACCGAUCGAUUCCAUUCUUUCCCCGUGUACUUUCCGCAGACAACCUUCAACCUUCGGCUUUUAUCUCCAAUCUUUCAUCAUAUUCGCCAUGAUUACGGCCAAGACGGCAUCGUUGAGCUGCCUCAAUAUUUAUCGGAGCUUCAGGAGGGGAAUUUCCGUAGCAUAAUCCCGCGAUGAUCGACUUGCAGGUUGAGCCGAUCGACGGGGUGAGUCGCGAGCGAGUAGAUGAAAUAAGACCAGGCGCGGCGCGUUCGAUAUGAAAUGGAAAAAACGCGAUGUGGUUUCGCGUGGUCGAGCCUUGGCACGACCCACCUACAUGUCGACAAAGAAGGCACCCACGCCACGUAUAAAGCCACGGUAUAGGCCACACACAUACACGGCGUACAUACACACACUUAUGUCACAUGCUUUCGACGUGUCCUUUAGUCGAUACGCGCGCAAUCAUGCAGCACGCUCGAUGUCGGCUUUCCAUCGAGCUCGUCGGGCUCGUCGUCGUGGUCGCGAAGUUUAACUCGAUGGUUUCCGGAAUUUCUAGAGCUUCGUUUCGUCUGGCCGGGAGACCGGUUUCGUCCGUUCGGUGAAACCUCGAGCGUGCAGUGAAGAAACGCCUCCGAUAACGCACCGCUACGAGAAAGCACGGCGAUAUAAAAGUCCGAGGCUCGCUCGACUCGACCGCGAGGAUUCGUCGGAUGGUCCAUCCGAUUGCCAGGAACGCGAAAUCGACCGCGCUCAGCGGGAUCAGCGACGAGAAACGAGCCGCGAGCCUUCUCGAUCAGAUCUCGGUGCCUCCUGAAGCGGUGAUAAAUUCCCGUCUCUCCUUGAGACGAUUACCGGUAUCGGAGAGCGCAAAGUUUUGACACAGUUUGAUCGCUUCGAUCUUUAAACGUCUUCCUAUUAAAGAACCAUCGCAUUAAGAUGCGGCGUCAUCGUCGGUCUCGGUGAUCCACGAGAUAUUCGUCCGCUGCGUCCAGCCGAACAAUAGAAAGAGAAAUACGGUCCCACCAGCGAAUAAGGCAGUCUCCAAGCAGAAGAACCGGGGGGAGGGAGGGGGGGGAUAAAACCAUUAAUUACACAUCGACGAGCCGCGAUCGCGUGCUUCGUCGGUUCGCUGCUCGCGCGGAUAUCGCGGCCGACCUCCGCGGUGAUCGAGACGUUAAAGAUUCGAGAUCGAGAUCGGCAGGUUCGCGAAACGGCACGGCGAUGUCGAAGAGAAUAUUGAAAACUACUAUGAACGCCGUCGCGUUAAACAACAGUAACCUCCUCAAGAUUAGUACCACGACUACUACCACGUCCCCGCCCGAAUACAGCUACGACUACACGAAUACGCAUAGCAAUGCCAAUAUUCUUCUUGCUGGCGGCGUGAUCCUGGUGGUGCUGCUCCUCUGCUACUGCUGUCACAAGAACGUCCGAAAGCAUCGACAGCACGAGAACCCGCAGAAUCGGAGGGUCGAGUCGGACGACCACAAUCUGGAGAUCUUCGCGAUGGACGCGAUGUUCCAGCAGUGCCCCGAGAGAUCAGCCAGCCAGACGCCUCAUUCGACGUGUUUCGUGACCUCGGAACCGCCGCCGACCUACGAGAGCAUCUUCGAUCCGCGGGCGGUGCCCUCGCCCAUCGACAAGAAAGAUGAAUCCGAUGAUCUCGGCAGCAUUAUCGCACCGCGUACGGGCAUCUUCCCCACCGAGUUGGAGGCCAACUGGAUCAACAAGCGAGAGGAUAUCUCGAAAGACGACCAAGGUUUGCCUUCCUAUGAGGCCGCCCUAAAAUUGGAAGCUGACGGCUACGUCUAGGGAUCGCGCCAGGAAAGUGGAGGGAACCUUCGAUUCACCUCCUCGCGGCCCCUCCGUGAAAAUCGUCGAAUCGCGAAUGCCUCCUUAUAGGAGGAAUAUUUUUGGAAAUAACACACGACCGACCACCGACACGCGUCGCGUCGGUCAUAUUUUUUAAUGAGCGAUACCUGUCAAUAAUGGAGUUGCAAUUGUUACUCACGGGUCGAUCCUUUCUUUGUUUUAUAUCGAAUUACCAAAUUAAAGAUACACGCACGCUAGUAAAAUAAGUACUACAUUGAAUACAUGUAUUAAUGUGUAAAUAUAAGUCAUAGAAAGAAGAGAGAAAAGAGUGAAUAAAAACAAGAGAGACAAAAUAAAAGAAAUCUUGUUGUUUUGUUACGACGCGAUAACAUCGACGGAAGUUAUUUCGCACGACACCCGAGAUAAAUCCCCGAUGAAGAGAAGAAAAUUCAGGAAGAGAGGAGAUAAGUGCUCGAGCUUACUUUUCAGAUCGAUUCGUG